AUGCAGUUCAUAUAACCCUUAAAGCCAUAUGCAUCUGUUAAUAUUGGAGACAAGUUGAGUUUUAAAAAUUCAUUUUAUAGAGAUGUGGAUCAAGGAAUUUGUGAUGGUUAAUUUAUAGAACAAUUUAUUGAAAACAAAGUAGGAGAACCUAAAAGCUUGUAAAAACCAUAUAUUCUAUUUGAUAUUCCUUCUUUUGUUAGUACUUGUAAAACAAUAUAUAUCAAAUAAAUUCUAUUAGAUGGCACUGGUUAAAAAAUCUAAAAUGUUCUAUCUUGGACACUCAAAGAAAUGAAGGAUGAAGAAUAGUAUUUAUAAAUGGAUGCAUUUUUAGCAAAUUAGUUAAAUGAAAUUACAAUUCCUAUUGGAACAUUAUAACCUAACCUUACAUAUACAAUCACAGCUAAAUAUGUUAAUUUCUUGCAAAGAGUAAAUUUCACAACCUUUACAUUCACAACUCUUCCAAUGCAAGCUCCUUAUGUAUUUUUGUCAUAUGACACCUCUAAUAGCAAGAGUUUAUAUAUUUGA